UCCAGACUCCAGAGUCCACUCCAGCCGUCGUCUCUCUCUCCACUCUCCAGCAGCUCCAGCGUCCAGCCCACUGUCCGGCAGCGGCCAGCGCUGUUUCUCUUCUUCUUCUUCUCACUCGACUCACUAUCUCGGUAUAUCGUUCUUGUGUUUCAUCGAUGAGAAAUUUUUGAGGGAAAAGAGAAAGGUUAUUGUUUGUGGUUUGGAAAACUGAGGGACAGAGGAGGAGAAGGAAAUGUCGGGUGUUAACAGUCGGGUCGCAUGACCCAUUAACUUAAUCGAGUCGGGUGACCCGGCGGUUAGUUGUAUUCGGGUUUCAACCCGGUUAAUAAAAAUCGUGCCGGAUUCGAGUCGGCCUAAACAGGUUGACGGUCAAGCGGGUUGAUCCGAACCAGACAACCCGUUUUGCCAACCCUCAAUCCCUAGCGCACCAAAAUAACCUUAAAUCUAAAAUCUUUGCUUCUCUGAGCUCCCCAAAGACGACCCUCUCACACUCGCUCCUGUCGGCUCGCCCUCCGGUUCAAAUUCAACCAAUCAGGGGGCUUUUAGAAACAGUCAACAUGUCGCGAAAGGGUUUGAUGGAGCAAGACCUGAGUAAACUGGAUGUAACAAAGCUACAUCCGCUCUCACCUGAAGUUAUAUCUCGUCAGGCUACAAUUAAUAUUGGCACAAUAGGUCAUGUGGCACAUGGGAAGUCAACAGUUGUAAAAGCGAUAUCUGGUGUUCAGACUGUUCGUUUCAAAAAUGAGUUGGAGCGCAACAUUACUAUCAAGCUUGGUUAUGCCAAUGCAAAGAUCUACAAAUGUGAAGAAGAACGGUGCCCUCGACCUAUGUGUUAUAAGGCUUAUGGAAGUGGGAAGGAAGAUAGUCCUAUGUGUGAUGUUCCGGGGUUUGAAAACUGCAGGAUGAAAUUGUUGAGGCAUGUUUCUUUUGUAGAUUGCCCGGGUCAUGAUAUUCUCAUGGCUACAAUGCUUAAUGGAGCUGCAAUUAUGGAUGGAGCUCUACUACUAAUAGCUGCCAAUGAAAGCUGCCCCCAACCACAAACUUCUGAGCACUUGGCUGCUGUUGAAAUUAUGCGCCUUCAACACAUAAUAAUCCUUCAAAAUAAAGUAGAUCUGAUUCAGGAAAAUGUGGCCAUUAACCAGCAUGAAGCAAUCCAGAAGUUUAUUCAGGGAACUGUUGCUGAUGGAGCACCAGUGGUACCAAUUUCUGCACAGCUGAAGUAUAAUAUUGAUGUUGUGUGCGAGUAUAUUGUGAAAAAGAUUCCCAUUCCAGAAAGGAACUUUAUAUCACCUCCUAAUAUGAUUGUUAUCCGAUCUUUUGAUGUUAAUAAGCCUGGUUUUGAGGUUGAUGAGAUAAGAGGUGGUGUGGCUGGUGGAAGUAUUCUCAGGGGUGUUUUGAAGGUAAAUCAAUUUAUUGAGGUUCGUCCUGGGAUUGUUGUUAAAGAUGAGAGUGGGAACAUCAGAUGCACACCGAUAUAUUCUAGAAUAGUUUCAUUAUAUGCUGAGCAAAAUGAGUUGCAAUUUGCUGUCCCUGGAGGUCUCAUUGGGGUUGGCACAACCAUGGAUCCUACUUUAACUCGUGCUGAUAGGUUGGUGGGUCAAGUUCUUGGGGAAGUUGGAUCACUCCCUGAAGUUUUCGUUGAGCUUGAGGUGAACUUUUUCUUGCUGCGGAGGCUUCUCGGUGUCAGGACUAAGGGCACAGAGAGGCAGGGAAAGGUCUCUAAGCUGACCAAGCAAGAGAUUUUAAUGUUGAACAUAGGAUCUAUGUCUACAGGGGCUCGAGUUGUUGCUGUAAAGAAUGAUUUGGCAAAGUUGCAACUCACAUCGCCAGUGUGCACCAGCAGAGGGGAGAAGAUUGCCCUUAGUCGACGAGUUGAGAAGCACUGGCGUCUUAUUGGUUGGGGUCAGAUUCAAGCUGGAACCACCCUUGAUGUCCCACCCUGCCCCAUUUGAGUUAAAUCCUUAAACAGGCAGAGACAAGAAAAGCCAGUUAAAUCCUUAAAAGAGAAUUAAGGCAGAUGUGGGAAGAUAGACAAAUGUUGGGAACCAUUUUUGUCAGGUGGAGAAGAAAGCAUUGUUUGCAUUGUUAUCAUUUGUUCUGUUUCCUUUUUCUUAAUGCGAUCGUCAUACUUUGUGCUGAUAACUUGUUUCAGUUUUGGAUUAGAGUCUUAAUAUAUGAGGCUGCUUCCUAUGGCUUUA